CACGCUCUCCUCCAACUCCAAGAAGAACCCGAAGCAGAGCCAAACCCCAAGAACCACAGCUUCAUCACGUGCUCGUGCAUGUCUGCCAUGGCCGCGACCGGAGCAGCGCUGCGUCUACACCUCCUGUUCCGGAUGCUGCGGGUGGGGGAGCUCCUCGCCCUGGCGGCGCUCAUCUCCUGGUCCUCCUCCCGCGCGCCGUCCGCGGCCGCCGCCGCGGUGCGCGUCGCCGGCAGCCUCCUCUUCAGCCCGCGCUUCGUGUUCGUCCUCGGCAACGCCAUCGUGCUCCUCUUACUGGCGCUGUCCAGGCGCGAGCGGGACUCGUCGCCGGUCUCCUCCGCCACCAACCACAACCACCCCGCCUCCGGCGUCGACCAGGUUCCCGCGGUUCCGGCCGCCGUCGCCGACAGCUUCCCUUCAUAUGCCGCCCCGACGAUGCCGACUCCGGAAAGGGAAGCGCCGGUGGUGGUUGUAGCAGCAGCGGCGCCCGAGGUGGUCCCGUGCAGGGAGAUGACGACGGUGUACGAGGAGGAGGUCAAGCCUGCGGCGGCCUCCGCGGCAGCGCGCGUCGUCCUGAGCAAGGCCCGCGCGCCGAGGCGGAGCAGGUCGGAGAAGAUGAGCCGGCGCGCGGCGUCCCCGGAGAUGCGGCGUUCGGAGUCGGACAACGGGCGUCGGCGGCGGUCGUCGGCGUCGGCGCGGGACGUGGCGGCGGCGUGGGCCCCCGGGACGGAGGACGCGGCGGAGUUCCAGCGGAAGGUGGAGGCGUUCAUCGCGAAGCAGACGCGGUUCCGGCGCGAGGAGGAGUGCAUGGCCGGAGCUCUGGUCGUCGUGGAAUGAUGAGCCGAUGAUGGUCUGGGCUGGUCUGGUGAGCAUGUCUGCAUGUGCAAAGUACAUAUGGAAGAACAAGGGCUUCGCUCGCUCUUGCUAGAUAGCUUAGGUACUCUCAUCUGAUCCUGCUCCCGCUAGCUCUUCGUCUUCCUCCUCGGACCGACGCCAUCUUUUCUGGCGAUAGGUGCAGAGUAAACAGUGGAGUUUGCGUGGUUUUCUUUGCUGAAUCCAUCGGAUCAUGGAACCGGAUGGUUUCUGCAUAUCCGGUUAAAAAGAUGCAGAAAUAAAAACGAUCUCAAAUGCGUCGUCUCUCUUCA